AUGUCUGCCGAGUCCGACAUAGACGUCGACUACUACGAGCCGUACGACUGCAACGAAUCCGAGCCCUUUCCUGACAGUGUUGUCUACAAGCCGGUCUUCGAGACACUCAAGACACAUUCUCGGCGUGUGGUCUACAUCCUGCACGAUGUCUUGGCCGCCUCAUCAUACGAGAACAAGGUUACGAAGGACUUGCUAGAGGAGGCAAAGAAGCGUCUCAAGGACAACGUGUCAGGCCAGACCAUGUUCGCGGUCUCCGGAGACAUGGCAGCAGGCAAAAGUUCUGUCAUCAACUCCAUCCUUAGUAUCGGCACCAUCGCACGAAAGGGUGAUGGGGGAGGAAGCUGCACAUGGGUCGUCCAGCGGUUCAUGAAGCAGUUCCCCAACCAAGCCUUUCCAUUCGCAGCCAGAGUCAGCUUCUUCGGUCCAGAUCAGAUAUGCGCGUUGAUCACUGCAAUGUUCACCAAGUACUACCGCGCCACCCACAGGGACUCCCAAGACAACGGCGAAGGUGAAGGGGAGGAGGAGUACAACGACAUACGCACAGUACUUGACGCGUUUAUGGCACUUUUCGCCGACCAUAUCGAGUUCGAAGAUGAGGGCUCCGCCCGUGAGUAUCUCCGCCAGGCCGAAUCCGAGGAUGAUUCGAUCAUCUGUGGUGAUCUUGCUAGCUGGGCGAUCGACGUGGCAACAGACUGGCUGGAUGGCAAAGAAUUCAUCCUGGUCGGCGCUGCCACUUCUGAUGAGCUGCUACUCAAGUUGCAGCCAUUUACCUACCAGCUGAUCUGGGAGGAGGGCAAGGGCCAGGUCUCGCCAUGGCCACUGGUCAGCGUCGUUGAUUUCGGGUUCGAGAACAAGCUCCUCAACCAGGGGAUCGUCCUCGUCGAUGCUCCCGGUCUAUCGGACUCCAACAGCACUCGAGCGAACAACGCGAUCCUUCACCAUCGCGAGUGUACCCACAAGAUCACCGUGGCACCCAUCAACCGUGCGAAAGACGACAAGUCUCUUCGGGAGAGCUUGAAGCAAGGAUUUUACCAUCGCGGCUCCGGCGGUACUCUUCUGGCUCUGACCUAUGGCGACAGCAUCGAUCCAGAGACCGACGUCUGUGGCAGUGCAGAAGAGAAAGCGCGCGAGCUGGCUCUCAAGGUCGAGAUCAAGAGACUGCGUGAGCAUCGUCAGAAGCUGAGCCAAAAGAAGCGGUCGGCUACUCGAGACGAAGUCUUCGAUCUCGACGACGAGAUUCGCGAAGUUGGCAGAAUGGUGAAGAUCAAGACAGCAGAGUUCGACUCUUGCCGUGUGAUCAUGCGCAACAACGCGGUGUUGAAAGCUGUACAGGCGCAGUACCGAGAUCUGACCCGCGACCCCAAGCCACUGUCGGCCUUCGUCAUCGGCAACGAGGCAUACAAGACUCAUCAGGCCGGCUAUGCCACCGACGAGCGUCCCGUACUGACAGUCGAGCAGACGGGCGUUCCUGGUAUUCGGAGGCGGCUCUAUGCUCUCCCCGCCGAGGCCAAACUGAAUGAGGCUUUGCAUCUAGCAAACACGCAGAUCCCAAAUCUGGUCAGCUUCUUCGACCUCUACUGCUCCAAGACGCACCUCGCACGCAAAGCUGAGAUUGAGGCCGUCAUCCUCCAGCCCAAGAAGAAGCUCGGUGACAUGCUUAGCGUUACCUUGGACUGA